AGAUUUUUGCCCACAAAAUAAGUUUAAGGGCAUGAAUCCCCCCUUGGUGACAACUUUAGGUCCGCAGUUUCCGGUUUCUAUAGCUCCGACGCUUUGCAUCCCAUUCCGCUUGGAAAUUCACCAGCGUAGCUUUUUCUGUUCUACGUAUAAACUUAUCUGUGCUUUUUUGCCCCUUUUCACCAGUGUUUUUGCCCCUUUUCCCAAAAAAUAACGCCAACGUUUUGUUUGUCGGUCGAAGAUCAUUCCCAGCUUGGAUAUGGCGACGGAUAAAGCUCCCGAAGGACAAAGGAAACGGGCUUUAGAGGCGUUAGAACGGAGGUUUGCUCAAGCGGAAGCCGACGGUCGCCGUCAACAGGAUCUCCAGACCAAGAAGCGAAGAACUAAUACCAGCACCACUCCUCAUGUAAAUCAAUCUCCUUCUAAGAUUGAUGAUGAACCACUUUCCUCCCAUCCGUUGAUUUCGAAUGCAACACCUAAGAAAGGCAAGGUUUCAUUUUCAGGUCAUUCCUCAUCACAAGAUGUAGAACUACAGCACCCAGCAUACCUUCAACUCUCUCAUGCUGUUGAUGGGAAUCUUCUGUCAACUGUCGGAGAGGUUGCUAAUGGUAGAAGUACUGUUGAUUAUGUACUGCAUGAGCUUCUUCAACAUGGUGAUUCAGCACAGAAGUAUUUGCAGGGUUCCAAAAGUGUUAAAGUAGACAACUAUAUUCUUCUAGAUAAUGUUGUCCAAAAAAGUAGCAUGUCUAACAAUGCUUCCUUACGGGCUUUAAAGAAGCUGUCAAAACGGUCCAAAAGCCGCAUGUCACUAAAGCAACAUAAAAAAUGUAAAUCAUUCGAUUUGCCUCCAGAGUUUCAUAAGUAUGAGAUCUACAAGCAAAUGCAUGAAAUGUGGAAGUGCUACAUAAAUAAACUUAUAAAAUGUGCAGGGACAAAUCAAUUGGCACAAUAUCUCCUAAAUGCAGACUUGCAUGGCGCACUUAUUCUAGUUGCUGCUUGCAAGCUAGAUGGGUAUACUGGACUGCGUGGUAUCAUGAUCCGUGAAACUGUAGAAACAUUUGGAAUAAUUACAGAAGACAAUAUAUUCAAAGUCGUGCCCAAGAAACUCUCUGUUUUUAUGCUACAAGUGGAUUCCUGGAAGGUUACCAUACUUGGCGACAAACUCGCUUCAAGAAACAUGCUGCAAUGAUUUUAUUAUUAAAAACCUGUCAGCAUUUACAUGCAAAACAGAGAUCUGGAAAAGCUAAACUUGGUAAGAGCUAUUCAGUUUAUAUGUAAGAUAAAGCAGAGCCCAUUUGGUAAGAGGUAUUCAGUUUAUAUGUAAUACACGUGUUUUAUUUUGCUGAAUUUUCUGAAAAUAAGGAGUCGUCUCUAAAAUCCAUUAUGUUCAUGAGUAGAAUUAUCGGAAUAAAUGACUUGCUACCAAACAGUUGGGGUAGAUGCAAUCCCGGAUCUGGAACCGGACGUGGACUGGUAAAUUAUUUUGCCCAAAAGUGUUAUGUUUAUAUGGUUCCUUCAAAAUUUGACUGUACUGGUGCUGGUACUGUUAUUUAUUUCCUGAGAAGGAUAAGGCACCAAACUGGAAUUGGAUCGGAUACAUCUGGUUAUGGUUCCACCCUUUCCAUGACCCGGAACUGGACUGAGAUUUGCCCCUACCGAACAGGCUCCACAUUUCAACUAAAAAUGAGCAAAAGGGUCAUGAUGUAUAUGUAUAUAUAGACUGAUUUACAAUCAAAUGAGAACAAUGUUUAACGUGAGAACAGUGUGAACAAUACUAUUAACUCAAUGUGAUGUGCUAUGAAGUUCGUAUGUUGCACUUUUUCACGUUGGCAGACUAUUUAUGAAACUGACACCACAUUUUUUUGAUAUUGGCAUGUUUUGAUCAAAGUAAAAAAUGUGAAACGCAAGAACUUCAUAGUGCGUCAGAUUGGGCUAAAGGUUAUACAAAACCAAAAAGGAUGGCAAUAUAGCUCUUGAAUCCAAAAUCAUUAGCUUCUCAGAACCAUCCAUAUACUCCACAGAAUCAAAACUUUCAAUUUCUUCUUCCGUGCUUACUCUAAUAUUUCUAUUAUUGCAGCAAAGAGCAACGCGGCCCGCAAUAACUCUGCACACCACAAUGGCCACCCUGGUGUUUUCACGGCUGCAUUUCUCAACUCUUCUAUGCGCUCUCCAACUAGUCUUGGAAAGUGUUAUCGACAACCUCUCCAUUGUCGCUACAUCAUCACUUGUAUAAUUACGGCCUGUGAUGAUUCUACAAACCCCACAGCUCCUCCUCUUACAGGUCUUCGAGAAUUGAUCUAACCCUAAUGAGCAAGUAAUGGCAGCCCCUCUGAAUCUCAAAACCUCAUGCCCAUUGCCUCCCACUCCACUCUCCGUUCUCUUUGACUUCACCAUCGUUCUAUACUCUUCAAACCUCUUGUAAACUUCUUCACUUGGAUUCACUCUAAAAACCUUUUGGAUUUUGUACCCAACACCAUUCUUCCACCCUGCCCGAAAAACUGCCUCCACAACGCUCAAUGUGGGAUCCCCUCCGGUGAGCUCUUCUAAUAGUUGAAUUUCUUUCUUCCUUGGAAAAGAAAGAACCCUUUUAGUAUGUGAAUCUAAACUCUCUUGGGGUUUAGGGUUCUGAUUGUUCUUUGGAGGAGGAGGCUUGUGCAUUUCUCUUUUAGGAGAAACGACACUUGGCUUUGGCUUUGGUUUGAAACAUCUAAUGGUUGAACUCGGGUGACAAACUAGCAGUGCUAAAGAAGUCAUGAUUAGACAUUUUUCCGACAUUGCUACUCCCUCUACAUUUGGAUCGAAGGCUAGUUAUGACGAAUGUGUAUGUGCAACAAUAAUAAUAUAUACAUGUGGAUAAAGUGUGAUCAGGAUCUAAUGUAAUCAAAGGUAAUAUAUGUAUUCAUUAAUGCAAAAAUUAGAGAUUUCAAAUUUUAAAAAAAGUAUAAACAUAAUUUGUGAUACUACAUGGUACAUAUUCCAGAUACUCCCCGCAUUUA